UCGAGACGAUGGGCGAACUCCUGGCCGAUCGUCGCGACUCCCGCAUUGUCUUCGUCACGACGACCACCAAGUGGAUGGUCCGCGAGUAUCUCUCAAGCCCGGCCGCCAAGAGGAUCCCCAACCUCCUCGUUAUCUCCGACCCUCAGCUCCAGGAAGUCCUAUUCUUGAACGAUGACGAUGAAGUGACGAAGGACAUCAACUUGUACACGCACAAAUUCUACAUCGAUAGUCUGGGAACGAGCGCUCCGUUGAUCCUGACAACCUGGCGAAAUGGUUCAUUCACGCGUCCGAAAGUUGACCUGUUUCCGCCGAAAUUCAAACACGGCUUCAACGGUCAUCGUCUCGCAAUUGCCGUUGCCGAACAGCCCCCAUUCGUCUUUCACAGAUCAGGUUCGAUAGGGAAGGGAGAGGCUAAUUACGAGUCAUCAGGCGGAUGGGAUGGGUUAGAAAUCCGUAUAGUUAAAAUAAUGGCGGAAAUGCUCAAUUUCACCACGGAAUUUAGAGCUAUGCCCGAGUCUAACGAUGGGGAUGGUCCUGCAGGGAGAGUGCUCAAUGAGAUUCAAUCAGGGAAGGUGGACAUGGGUUUGGCGGGCCUUUACAACACGGUGGAUCGGAUCGAUGACGUCAUAUUCUCAUCACCGCAUACGCAAGAUUGUGCUUCUUUUGUCACGCUUACGUCUACCUCCGUUGACAGGUACCGCGCAGUUUUCGGUCCGUUCACGGGUGGUGUUUGGAUAGCGAUGACUCUGGUCUAUGUUUUCGGAAUCAUACCACUCUCUAUCUCUCACAAUCACACUAUCAACAACUUAAAACGGCUCAAAGAGUGGGAAAACAUGUUUUGGAUGGUUUUCGGCACUUUUACGAACUGUUUCACUUUCAAAGGCAGCAACUCGUGGACCUCCAGUCAAAAACUUGCGACUCGAACUUUUAUCGCUGCUUAUUGGGUUUUUACCAUCAUCAUUACUGCUGCUUACACAGGCUCGAUCAUAGCGUUUAUCACUUUACCUGCUGCGCCAGACAUGAUUGAGUCGUCAAAACAACUUCUCAGGAGAAAUUUCAAAGUAUCCAUAUUAGGGGUCAUCGUAGAUGAGGGUGGCUGGCAAAACUGGUUCACGGAUUUGGACGAUCCGGUUGGACAGAAGUUACUUAACGAUCCGAUCUUGGUGCCUGACGUCGAUUCGGGACUUCGUAACGUGACUCGUUCCAGCUAUCUUCGACACCACGCGUUUCUCGGCUCUUUCGCUCUAAUUGAAUGGUACCUCCGCACCAACUCAACUGCGAGGCAAAACAUGAAAGCCCAAUUUCACCUGAGUGACGAGUGCUUCAUUCCAUUCGUGGUGAGCGUAGCAUACAAUAAACGGGCACCGUUCGUGUACCAAAUGAACGAGGCCCUCCUCAGAAUUGGACAGGCAGGCUAUGUUGCCAAGUUUGAACGAGAUCUUGAAUGGGAAUACUACAGACUUGCUGGCACAAGACUAUUGAUGGAGGCUGCUGCCAAACUGGUGCCGGAGGAUCGUUCUCUGAACAUCGAAGACGUUUCUGGAGUUUUCAUCCUCAUGGCUUUUGGAUACACACUGGCGAACAUAAUUCUCAUUUUUGAAUGUUUGGGCACAUACAGAGCUAAGCAGAAAAAGGUGGCUCCCCACACGAGAUUGUCGGAAUCCUCAGUUUCUGAUAGUCCAAGACCAUCGAUAGUAAUUUAUGAGGAUGUUGACUGUCCAUCACAGUAUAUGACUUCAGAUCCUUCUGACCUCCAAAGGAAAUUGACAAAAUCGAUGGCAACCCUCCAGCCAUAUUUGAUGGGAGCUAUAAAUGUUCGCUCUCGAUCUUGUUAGGUCUUACAAUAUCCAUUAUGACAAAUGAG